GAGCGGUGGAGGUGAUGCUUUUAGCACCCCCAUUACCUUUAGGCUCACAUCUCCUUUCUACUUCUCUGCCCUCCUCUCUCUUCCCCUUUCCAUUGCCUUCCACUCCCACCCCACGCUCCUUUAUUCUUCGCGAGCCUGGGGGUGGGGGGGGCCCUGUGGAAUUGGAUUGUAUGGGGCCAGGCGGAGAGAGGGGAUAGAGAUGAAAAGUCCAUUUCAGACCCAGGCAGAACAAUGAAAUAGGCUAAAAUCUCCCCGCAUUAGCGUGCGGAAGGGAGAAGGUAGUUUGGGCAUUCAAGUCAGAGGCGGUGGAGACGGUUUUUCUGGAUGGGUCUGGGUAGAUCGGUAUUGUGCACCUUCUUCACCUGGCUGAUUUUUUCCGAUUUGACUGUCUUCGGGAAGAAAGAAAAGAAGGUAUGGCCUCACAUGUGCAAGUUUUCUCCCCUCACACCCUUCAGUCAAGUGCCUUCUGUAGUGUGAAGAAACUGAAAGUUGAGCCGAGUUCCAAUUGGGACAUGACUGGGUACGGCUCCCACAGCAAAGUGUAUAGCCAGAGCAAGAACAUCCCACCUUCGCAGCCAGCCACCACAACCGUCAGCACCUCCUUGCCAAUCCCAAAUCCAAGCCUACCUUACGAGCAGACCAUCAUCUUCCCAGGAAGCACCGGGCACAUAGUUGUAACAUCGGCAAGUAGCACUUCUGUAACCGGGCAAGUCCUCGGCGGACCACAUAACCUAAUGCGUCGAAGCACUGUGAGCCUCCUUGAUACCUACCAAAAAUGUGGACUCAAGCGUAAAAGUGAGGAGAUUGAGAACACAAGCAGCGUACAGAUCAUUGAAGAGCAUCCACCCAUGAUUCAGAAUAAUGCCAGCGGGGCCACUGUAGCCACUGCCACUACAUCCACUGCCACCUCCAAAAACAGCGGCUCUAACAGUGAAGGCGAUUAUCAGCUAGUGCAGCAUGAAGUUCUGUGCUCCAUGACCAACACUUAUGAGGUCUUGGAGUUCUUGGGCCGAGGGACGUUUGGGCAAGUGGUCAAGUGCUGGAAACGGGGCACCAAUGAAAUCGUGGCCAUCAAGAUCCUCAAGAAUCAUCCUUCAUAUGCCCGGCAAGGUCAGAUAGAAGUGAGCAUCCUGGCCCGGCUAAGCACAGAGAGUGCGGAUGACUACAACUUCGUACGGGCCUACGAGUGCUUCCAGCAUAAGAAUCACACAUGCUUGGUCUUUGAGAUGUUGGAGCAGAACCUCUAUGACUUUCUCAAGCAGAACAAGUUCAGUCCCUUGCCCCUCAAAUACAUUCGCCCGGUUCUCCAGCAAGUAGCCACAGCCCUGAUGAAACUCAAAAGCCUGGGUCUUAUCCAUGCUGACCUCAAACCAGAAAACAUCAUGCUGGUGGAUCCAUCUAGACAACCAUACAGAGUAAAGGUCAUUGACUUUGGCUCAGCCAGUCACGUGUCCAAGGCUGUGUGCUCUACCUACUUGCAAUCUCGGUAUUACAGGGCCCCUGAGAUCAUCCUGGGUUUACCAUUCUGUGAGGCUAUUGACAUGUGGUCCUUAGGCUGUGUCAUUGCAGAGCUGUUCCUGGGCUGGCCAUUAUAUCCAGGAGCUUCAGAAUAUGAUCAGAUUCGGUAUAUUUCACAAACACAGGGUUUGCCAGCUGAAUAUUUAUUAAGUGCAGGGACAAAGACAACCAGGUUUUUCAACCGUGACACAGACUCGCCAUAUCCUUUGUGGAGGCUGAAGACACCAGAUGACCAUGAAGCAGAGACGGGGAUUAAGUCAAAAGAAGCAAGAAAGUACAUUUUCAACUGUUUAGAUGAUAUGGCUCAGGUGAACAUGACGGCAGAUUUGGAAGGAAGUGACAUGCUGGUAGAGAAGGCAGACCGGCGGGAGUUCAUCGACCUGUUGAAGAAGAUGCUGACCAUAGAUGCUGAUAAGAGAAUCACUCCGAUUGAAACCCUGAACCACCCCUUUGUCACCAUGACACACUUGCUCGAUUUUCCCCACAGUACACAUGUCAAAUCAUGUUUCCAAAACAUGGAGAUCUGCAAGCGGCGAGUGAAUAUGUAUGACACAGUGAACCAGAGCAAAACCCCUUUCAUCACACACGUGGCUCCCAGCACGUCUACCAACCUGACCAUGACUUUUAACAACCAGCUGACCACUGUCCACAAUCAGGCUCCCACCUCCACCAGUGCCACUAUUUCCUUAGCCAAUCCCGAGGUCUCCAUACUAAACUACCAAUCUACACUCUACCAGCCCUCAGCGGCAUCCAUGGCUGCAGUGGCCCAGCGGAGCAUGCCCCUGCAGACAGGAACAGCUCAGAUUUGUGCCCGGCCUGACCCCUUCCAGCAAGCGCUCAUCGUGUGUCCCCCUGGCUUCCAAGGCUUACAAGCCUCUCCCUCCAAGCAUGCUGGCUACUCAGUGCGUAUGGAAAAUGCCGUUCCCAUCGUCACACAAGCACCAGGAGCUCAGCCUCUUCAGAUCCAGCCAGGUCUGCUUGCUCAGCAGGCCUGGCCAAGUGGUACCCAGCAGAUUCUGCUUCCCCCGGCAUGGCAGCAGCUGACUGGAGUGGCCACACACACCUCAGUGCAGCAUGCGACUGUGAUUCCUGAGACCAUGGCAGGCACCCAGCAGCUGGCCGACUGGAGAAAUACACAUGCUCAUGGCAGCCAUUACAAUCCCAUCAUGCAGCAGCCUGCACUGUUAACUGGUCAUGUGACCCUUCCAGCAGCCCAGCCCUUAAAUGUAGGUGUGGCACACGUCAUGCGGCAGCAGCCAACCAGCACCACCUCCUCCCGGAAGAGUAAGCAGCACCAGUCAUCUGUGAGAAAUGUCUCCACUUGUGAGGUGUCAUCCUCACAGGCUGUCAGCUCCCCACAGCGAUCCAAACGUGUCAAGGAAAACACACCCCCACGCUGCGCCAUGGCACACAGCAGCCCGGCCUGCAGUGCCUCGGUCACCUGUGGGUGGGGUGACAUGGCCUCCAGCACCACCCGGGAGCGGCAGCGGCAGACCAUCGUUAUCCCCGACACCCCCAGCCCUACGGUCAGCGUCAUCACCAUCAGCAGCGACACAGAUGAGGAGGAAGAGCAGAAACACGCGCCCACCAGCACUGUCUCCAAGCAAAGAAAAAACGUCAUCAGCUGUGUCACGGUCCACGACUCUCCGUACUCUGACUCCUCUAGCAACACCAGCCCCUACUCUGUGCAGCAGCGCACCGGGCACAACACCACUAACACCUUUGACACCAAGGGGGUGCUGGAAAACCAUUGCACUGGCAACCCCCGAACCAUCAUCGUGCCCCCCCUGAAAACCCAGGCCAGCGAAGUACUGGUGGAAUGUGACAGCCUGGGGCCAGUCAACACCAGUCACCACUCAUCCUCCUACAAGUCCAAGUCCUCCAGCAACGUGACCUCCACCAGUGGUCACUCUUCAGGGAGCUCAUCGGGAGCCAUUGCCUACCGGCAGCAGCGGCCAGGCCCCCAUUUCCAGCAGCAACAGCCCCUCAAUCUCAGCCAGGCUCAGCAGCACAUGGCUGCGGACCGCACUGGGAGCCACCGACGGCAGCAGGCCUACAUCACUCCCACCAUGGCCCAGGCCCCGUACUCCUUCCCACACAACAGCCCCAGCCAUGGCACCGUCCACCCCCACCUGGCCGCCGCUGCUGCCCACCUCCCCACACAACCACACCUCUACACCUACACGGCGCCUGCUGCCCUGGGCUCCACUGGCACCGUGGCCCAUCUCGUGGCCUCCCAAGGCUCAGCGCGCCACACCGUGCAGCACACUGCCUACCCAGCCAGCAUCGUCCACCAGGUCCCUGUGAGCAUGGGCCCCCGGGUGCUGCCCUCGCCCACCAUCCAUCCGAGUCAAUAUCCAGCCCAGUUUGCCCACCAGACCUACAUCAGCGCCUCGCCAGCCUCCACUGUCUACACUGGAUACCCACUGAGCCCCGCCAAGGUCAACCAGUACCCUUACAUAUAAACACUGGAGGGAGCAGUGGGAGGAGGGGCCAGAGCUGCUGCACACUGAAGGUGCCGCAUACCAACAAUGCAACCGGAUGGGCAGGGGGAUCAGAAAGAAAGCUGAACCGGGAAGUAGGAGGGCCUAGAGCAGAGAAGAGGACGUUUUAAAAGGAAGGCAUUGAGGAGGGGGAGAUUCUAUGCUUUUUAUUUUAAAAAAAGAAAAAGGAAAAAAAUGAAAACAUCAGUAACAGAAAAACACAGCUCAUAAACCCAUUCCGCACCAAACUGGAAAGAAGAGAGCCACGAGAAGAUCCCAGGAGUGAGGGGCCCCAGGUUUGAAGAACUUUAUCUAUGAACUUUUCAAAGAUUAUUUUCAUAUGGCAGCAAGUGACACUGAAGAACUUGCUGUCAGGGACACUUAAUGGGAAGUCCAGUAGAUUUUUAAUGAAUUGAACAGAAGAUUUAGGGAUUUUUCCAGAACUCAAACGUGUCAGCAUCCUUCCAGGGCAUCAGGCCAUGGCUGAAUUCAGGGGCCAAGGUGCAGGGUUUGGUUGGGGGAGCCCAGUUCUGGCCAUUUGUCAGGAGUGAUGGGGAGCAGCCAGGCUAACGGGGACCCCUGAGAAAAGGAUUCAUUUUCCCUUUCUGAGUGCUCUGGACAAAUCCCUAAGCAAUGUUAUUCCUCAGAUGUCAUUAAUAAUGUGUGUUGCAAACUUCAGAGGAUUUUUUUGUUUGCUUUUUGUUUCUUGUUUGGUUUUUUCUUUUCUGAAGAUUUAUUUUCUUGGAAUCAACCCCUAGUCACUUAGCGUAGGGCUAGCGGUUGUCGCCGACAUCCUAGUAGAAUGUAGCACUUGACCCUUGUUUUCUACCUUGUAUCUGACUCCAGUGAUACCAAUAGACUAUUCCUCUGUGAUUGCACAAAAAAGUGGGAUAGCAUAGGCAUGUAACUAAUGUUGUGGUCCAUGUGAGCAAGCAAGUGUGCACAUGUGGGUGUGAGUGCGGGUGCCGCCCCUGUGUCCAAGGGCCCCGCCGUCACGGCCCUUUUACACCGUUCCCUCCUAGUGCCUUACCGAAUGACAAACAGACGCAUGUGAGGGUUUACUUCCACUGGUACACAGCAGCAGACAGAGCUUGUCUGUGGCCGCCUUGCUCUUCUGUUGCGCUGUGGUAACAUUUCACUUGGGUCUUUCAUAUUUUGUUGUUGUUAUUUGUUUUUUUCUCUAUGUUUCAUGCCAUUGUCUUUCUUGGGCUGUUUGUGAGCAGGAUGCCAGGAAAGCUGGUGGGACCGUGAGGCAAGAAUUGAAGGCUCUUGAGAGCUGUGUGAGAGCCAGAUGGUGACAGACACCUCUGAUGACAGACAUGGUUUUUGUUAAAGUUUCCUUUGGGAUCAGAAACCUGGAGAGGCGCCCCACCCUUCACACUUACCUGUCCGUUCCCCAGCUCAAACAGAUGUCCGUUAGCUUUGUCAGGUGGCAGCUUCCAGCCUUCAGGUCCAGCACAGCUUCCUGGGGCCAUCUGUAGAGAGGCCCAGAGGCCAGGUGUCUGUCCCCAGUAGCAUCUAGCCCCUCUUCUGUGAGAAGCCAUGCUCUUCUCUCCUACCAGCACCGUGGAGAAGGGCUAUCCUCUAGACAACCACUGACCCAUUCCUGUUCAAUUCUUUCUUCCAGUUGCCCAGCUCUGCCCAAAGCACAGUUUAGUGUUUGGUAUUUGAGAGGUCUGGUGGGCAGAAGGCCGGAAGGACACUGGUGAGGCUGACUGUGGUGCCUCUGCUGUGCUUGGGAAACACAGAGAAUGAAGUCACCAGAGUCUGCUCUGUGCCCUCCUCGUGUCUCUGACACUUGGACAUUUUCUUGGACUUUGAAUGCUGCAGGUAGUGUGGUGGGUACCUGCCUUCCAGGGUGGACAACUCUGAAGCUGGGGACGCUAGAGAAACUUUCUGGGCAAGGAUGGGCUUAAAAGGAUGGCUCUGAGUGUUUGGCCCUGAUGUGGAGUCCUUAACCCACCCCUCAGCCAAGCUUCUAGCGCACAGAGAUCAUCUGGUCAGCAGCCUGUCCUCCUCCUCCCUUCCUUUACCUCUUCCUUCGCAGGCCCUCAGUGAUCUACUGUGAAAGAGUUUCAAAGUGAUGUCCACCACCUUCAGUAGCGAAGCCGUUACUUAGCUCUUAGCUGUGAAAGAACUCUGGAAAUUGCCCACCCCAUCCAUAAAUUCUUCCUUACCUUAUAAACAAGUCCCCAAACUGGAAGUGGCUUAGGGCAGGUGUUGGGCCAAAAGGAAGGACAGCACAAGCUGCAUAAAGCUGACACAUGCUGCCAAUACCACAGGGACACAGAGGCAGAGUGGCACCAGCCCUGCAGCAGGCAGUCACUCUGCUCGCCAUGAUCAGUACCAGCAUCAGCCUCAGGUGGGAUGGUGCCCAGUCUGAGACCAAGGAGCUGGGCACUUCGAAGAGAACAAGGGAAUCCUCCCUGAGCCAUGCCAGCCUGGAGCACCCAGCUGCCAUGGACCUGUGUGCAGCCAGAUGGCAGCAGUGCUCCAUGGCGUCUUCUGGUGCUAAGUCACAGUGUCGGCUUGGCAGCCCCUGUCUGCCAUCCUGGGCAGAGUGCUGGUCUUUGGCACAAUGCACUUCCUGUCCUCUACAGAUCUGUCUCUUAGGGGGAAAAUGACCUAAAAGUUCUCAUUUCCUUUUGUCCUCUUAAUUGAAAGCUUCUUACUCUUUCUCCCAAAAAUUUCCUUUUCUCCUCUAAGACAGGAAUGAAAGUUCCAUGCUGCUCAUAAUGUUAAUGUUAUCAUGCUGAUUAUUUUAUUUUUGUCAUUGCCAUUGUAAUUAUGAUUAUUAUCACCCUCGUUAUUUUAGUUAGGAUUUUAAAUGCACAUUUAUUCCAAGCAUCUUUGUGUUUUCCCUUUAAUAUUUAAAUUUAUUGUAUUAUAUCUGUGAGUAUCUGAGUAGACUGGAGGGACACACAGAUGUCCAGUUUUGUCAGACAAAAAAAGAAAAGACCCAGGAUUUAGGAGGAUUGCUCCUGUCGUCUCUAUUCCACAAACAGCUACCAAGAAAGACCCAGCACAGAAUAAAGUUGGAAGAGUCACAGCCUUUCUCUGCACAGACCAGCCUAGGCUCUGGGCAACACGAUCACUGUCAGCAUAUUUUCCUGGACUGUCAGGGUUCUGGCCCUGAGGAGAUAGCAUGUGGGUUUAGGGCUUCUGGCACACCCCUUAGAUUAUUGAACCCUUAGGCAGCGUCUCCUCCAGUUCUCUCCUCAUGUGCGUUCGAAUCAUGACGAUACUCAGCCUGCCUCACAUCAGCCACAAAAAAACCCUUUCUUCCCAGCACUGACCUAGCCCCUUUGCAAAACACUCCUUUUCCCAGGAGCACACCCAGAGUAUGACUUAUGGCCCCUCCUGAAAGCUGCUGGUCAUGAGAUGCUGACAUAAGAGUUGUGGGCAGCCAGUGCCCCCAGGACAUUUCAGCACCAUUCUCCUUCCUUGCACCCAUCCCACCCACACCCUUCCUCCCAGCAUGUAGUUCACCAUGGCAGAAAGGGAUGUCCAAUUCCAGAAGAAGCUGAAAGUCCUCUGCAAGGUCUGGUAGCUGCCUAGAUAUUGCAGGCCACACCCCCUCAUCAUUGGCAAAUGAAGAACCACAACACAGCCACAUAGCCAGCCCCUUGGGCUCUGACAGCCUCUCAAAGCUCACACUGGGUGAUGGAUGCCCAUAUACUGCCCACCAAGCCCAGAAGCUACCAGCCCCCGGGAAGAAAGGCUUUACGUGAGCAGCUUCUGUGAGCAGAAGUGAGAUGUUUGUGCCCAGCCCCAGUCCUCGCCUUACAUCCCCUCCUAAUUCUGAAUGCAGAGCUAUUGCAUCAGAAGAAGAUCCCAGCACACUCACUAGCACCCUGGCCUAAGUCUCCACUGGGUGCUGCAGCACUGGGUCCCCUCAGCAAAGCUGCCAUCCUUUGACCAACCUCUCAAGUGGAGAGACACCCACCUGCUCCUUAUGUAGACCCUAAGUCUCACAGCACAUACUCUAAUCUUGCAUGGGCUUCAACUUUCCUCAGGGAAGAAAAUGGUCCUGAAUAAGGAGAAGUUGAUAAGGACAGGUGGGAGAGAGACUUCCAGUUCCAGUUCUCAUGAACCUCAGGUCAACCCGCUUCUGCCUGGGUUCUCACUACCCAUCUGGGUGCUGGCACAUGUGCUUAGUUCAGGAGAUUUCCAAGGGGAAGGAGCAAGCAAGCCAUGGAGGACAAGUGCAGUGGCAGUGGCAGUUAGCACUGUGGGGCACAGUGAGUGGUCAGUGCAAUUAAGAGGUAGGAGGAGGCCAGAGCAAAUGGCCGUUUCCCUUUGCCUCCUGGGCUGCAUGGAUGUGUCACAGCUUCCUAGUGGCUGGGUGUCUGUGAAGUGGGGAAGCCAGCCAGGCUCUGUCCUCCCAACCUGGAGCACCCAGCCUGCUGGGACACCACUGUGCCAGUUAGAAGAUUGAGAAGGGGAGCACACCUGGUGGGAUGGUGUCCCUUGACUCGGUCUUGAAAGUUGCAAACACUCAUUUAGGAAUAAGCUCGUGGAGGAAGAAUCAGGUCACGUGAGUGUGUGUGAGUGAGGAGUGCAAACGUUCUUGGAAACCGGAAUGUGGAGAUGAGGAAGCUUCAGGAAGUGUUGCUGAUGGUUCAUGGUCGCUAGAACGACACAGGUCCCCACCGUUGUCUGGCUGAGGGCAAGUAGGAUGGGGGACAGCUGUUCCUGCUAGCCUACCAAGGAGCCACUAGGACAGAAAGUGGAAAGAAGAAAAUAGCUUGGUGCCCUCAACUAGCAGAGAGAAUUCAACAGAGCCCAAGUUUGUCCACAGGCCCAGCCUGGCACUUGGUGAGGCUGGCAGGAGCCAUUUGCCACAGCACAUUCCAGCCCAGGGAUGCAGAGGCCUCUUUUCCUGUUCAUCUUUUCUUUCUGAUGUAUGACAGAUUUUCAGAGGGAAAGCCUCAAAAUGGAGCAUGCCAGAGAUGUCCUUAUCAAAUUGGAAAAGGAAGCAAAACUGUUCCUUUCUGUAGCCAAAGAACCCUUCUCAAAGACACCUCCAGAGAUGAAGGCAUGGCAUUCCUUUUUUUCCCAGGCAAUAAUGAUGUCAGUGACACGGUUCCAUUUGUCUUUUCUGUCCUUUUUUAAAUUGCUUAUUUGAUUGCAUUUAUUUUAAAACUGCACUUAUCCUGGAGAGGAGUGGUAGUGACUCUACAUCCUGCUGCUACAUGGAAGAUAGAGGCCCUGCAUCCAUCUCAAGUGGCCGUGGGGACAUCAAGCAGGCUGGACUCGGAUGACAGUGUGCUGCCACUCCAUGCCUCACAACUGUUUCUCAUCUCCACACUGGACUCAGUCAAAUCUCAGUUGGGCCACUGGAGACUAGAACAUGGCAGAGUGGGAUUUAAAUGCAAAAAGAAACCUCGAAGGCUUUUGGCACUGCUACUGGCUUAGCAGAGGUUUCCUACAUCUUCAGGGCAACUUGUACAAGAUCAGAAGAGCGCUAGCACCAGGCCAGUCCCUCCCUCAGACUCCAAGAGAGUUUACAAGAAGUGGCCCUGGGAGCAACCUGUCAUGGACCCCAGCAGCACACAGGACCUGCUGAUUCGCCGGCUUGACUCCCACAAGCCUUGGAGAGCCCCUCCUCUCAGACCCCUGCCAGACAACAUUGCACACACUGCCUCUGUUCUAACUAGCGAUGCUCCCUUAGGUAAGCUUUGUUCAUUACUUUCGGGACUGCGAGUCCCAUGCGAAGGCCCUUCUCCAGGUUCAUCUCAUGGCACCGUUACACACACCCCAUUGGCAGAUGAGGCAGCUGACUCUGGCAUGUAUUAAAGGAUACAGUGGUUAUCCAGAAUCCCAAGUUUCUAGGCACUUUUUGUUGAUUAAGACUUCACUGAGAUGCGAUUUUGCUUAGCAUUUUUCCAUAGCAAAGAGUGGCCUCAUGUUUCCAAUGGCCCAUUUAACAACACUCCCACUUCGUGUAUGCCAAACACUGCUCUGAAUUGCUCAUUGGUUGUCUGAUUUCAUCUUCGCAUAACCCUGUGAGACUGGCAGUAUCAGUCCCUUUGCGCUUUGUGGAAGAAAUGUCUGGUGUGCAGGACUGGGAAGCUGCCCAGGGCCGCCCAGCUAGCAAAUAGGGAGCCAGUGCUUGACCCUGAGUCUGCCAGACACAACUCAGCAUGCAGCCACCAGCCUCGGCUGUCUCCUGUGUGUCUGUUAAAAAGAAAGACUUUAAGGAGUGUCACUCUGUGCAAAAAGGGACCCUGGAUCAGAUGCAGGCAGAAGGGCAGAAUUUGUUUGACUUUUAAGGAAAAUCUCUGGGGAGUUUCUUUUGAUUCCUAGAAUUCCUUUUAGAUUUCUUUACAACAAACCAACUAGCUUUAGUAAUGCUGCUAUAACAAACUCUUAAGAGUAAAGGGGAAAAAGUAUUCUUUUCUUCUUUUGAAAAAAUUUUUUUCUUGCUCAUAGUUAACUCUAGAAAGGCAAUACAAAAGGUAUAUAUUUUUUUCAAAAUACUAUUUUUUACUGUACUUGAUAAAUAUCAUGACAGCUCUGGUCUCUGUAAUAGAUUCACUCUUCAGCUGUGGGUGGAACCAGAGGCAGGGUUCACACCAAAUUUGUAAAUACUGUGUGUAGGUCUGACAUUCAGGAACCUUUUUCUUUCUGUUUAAAAAAAGAAGAAGAAGAGGGAGGACAAGAUGGCUUUUAGAAAGAGGAAUACAAUUAAAUUUUCUUGAAAGACGGAUACCCUUCUCCAAGAAACAGAAAGCAACAAUUACAUAAACAGAAAAAUGAGCCAACUUUCAGGAAUUAAGGAAGAAGGGUCUGUGGCCCUGACAGGCAAUUUGUGCUAACACAGAUGUAUUUUCAUUUUGUUUGAAAGGCAACAGAAUUGAGAAAUGCCUGAGGACUAGAUUUUUAAUUUUCUAAAAAACUAUUAUCAUGUGCUAUGAAGUUCCUGCUCAUUUGUGUGGGGUGGGUUUCUUGUUUAUUGCUUUUUUCUUUUAAAAACUUUGUUGACUGGCUCCAGGCUUAUUUGCCUAAAUUCUUAGGUGGUUUAUGCAAGUUCUGGAAUCUUUUAGAAUUUUGACUCCAUUGGAAGCAAACCAAACUAGUCAGAAUUUGAGAUCCUGGUUGGUGUCAGCAGGUGUUCUAGAAUUUUGACGGAACACCUAAGGGUGUUUAAGAAGGUUUUAGAUACAUUAUCUUACACAAACUGUGACCUAAAAUGGCAAUAAUUACCUCAAAUGUGGGCAUUUAUCCUGGUUUUAGCCUUUUUUGAAGUCAUGUAGCCAGCUUGACCUUGAGAUUUAGAAAACCAUGAAUCUGUGGGUUGGAAAUAAUGAUUAAUGCACACCCUGGUUGUUGUUGCUUAAGUGAAUUCUGACAGUGGUUCAUCUUUACAGAGGAAAUUUACUAAGAAGAGAGAUUCCUUGUGUGUUGUAAUCAAAUGUGAUGUUUCAGUGCACACGCACGGCACAUGUGCUCCUAGCUACUGUAAAAUGCUGUUAGCCUUCUGAGAUACCAAGCGAGUCUCACUUUAACAAGUAAACUAAAUAACUGAGUAUGGAUACACAUAUUUCUGGCUACAUUUUAUAGUUAAAGUGUUUUAUAGUUUACACUUAAACUGGUACUUUUUAAAGAGAAUUUCUGUUUAUAACUGACACCUCCAAACCCCAUCAGUUGCCUCUGUAGGAAGAGGCUGUGUCUCCCCUGGCGAGCGUGUUCUGCCUGUACUCUCCCAUAGCCCCGUGUGCGCGUUCCCUCCAUAGCAUGGGUUUCCAGGUGAGCCUGAGAGAAUGCAAAAGGAAGUCGGGAUAGAGUGGGAAGGGUCAGACCCAGCCAGGCCAGAGGAGGGGUCUCAUGCCAUGUCGGAUCUACACUUGUCCGCAGGCCUCUGCAUCUUGGAAGAGACAGCAAAAACUGACCCCUGCUCCACUGAUGUUUUAUUGUCUUGAUUUGAAAAUUUCAUUUGUUCAUAGAUCCACGCACUUCCACUCACUGGACAGUAAAAAGACACUGGGAUUCAGGUGGCCCCAGAGACCCAGCUACUAUUUCCUGGGCCCCCAAUGUUAUCCUGAGCAAUGUUGCAAAGAACAACACACUUCCAUGCUGUAUUCAUUGGCUGGGAUUUCUGUAUAUCUACUGUCUUAUUCAUUCUCUCCUUUAAACAAAAUCAGUACAAAAGAAGUUGUCUACUUUUCACGCACGGUCAAGCUGAGAGGUAAGGCCUGGUGCAGUGGGCGUGAAAAGUAGGUUUGGUUCAGAGAUUGUGUGAGCUGCUGAGCCCAAGGAGCUGGGAGCGGGACGCUCAGGCUGGUCCCCAACACCUGGUGCACAGAGAGGGGCGUAUGACAAUGAGAGCUUCAGGAAGGCUGGGAUGCCAGCUUCCUGAAGUCUUGUUUGGUUUUUAUUUUCUCUUGCACCAAAAUGUAGAGGACCUGCUGUGACCUUAAGUGUGAUCCAUUCCUCUAACAGAUGUGACCUUGAAAACAGCAGGGCCCCCAGGACCAGGGAGCUUUUUGUUCACAGCACGCCGUGGCUUUCUCCCUGUGUACCACAGGGGCAGCAGAGUCUUGUUCGGGUUUCUUUGUUAGAACUGUUACUGUGGAGGACUCUUAACUGCUCUAAAUCGUCUCCUGCCUCUGUGUGUGUGUGUGUGUGUGUGUGUGUGUGUGUGUGUGUGUGUGCGCGCGCGCACGCACUUUUCCUUUGCACUAAUUAACCAAAUGAAUUUUGUGUCAUUGUUUUUGGGGCUCACUCAUAUUUUUAAAAACUAGAGGUAUAAAAAUUGGUUCUUUUUUAUUACUUGAAAAGUAUGUUUUAAAGAGGGCUCUAAUAUUGCUCUCUCUAGUUCCCUUUCAACCAAGUCUCUAAAUGAAUCUCUCCUGGCACUUCCCCCUCCCCAACUUUUCUUGUGUUGGGUCUCUGUCCCUGUGGCCCCUCUGCCUCCACCCUGCUGUCACCAUAGCCCCAUGCCCAGGCUCCCAAGACUUCCAGGAAGCUCGAGAGCCAGCUCAAAAGGGCCCUGGCCUGCCGUCAGAGCCACCGCUGGGCUCCAGGGACCUGGGGUGGUUACUAAGUCGCCUGGCUCAGCUGGAGAAGGACACUGGGAAGCAGAGUGACUGAGCCGUCUCUGCAGCCUCUGUGGCGCUGUAUGGAACUAGAGCAUCCCCUCCCCACCCCACCCUUGAAAGUGAUGUCCCUGUGUGCACCUCUGCCACCUCCUCCUGCCUCUGUGCACCUGCGCAUUUAAACCUUUCUGUGCUUUCUUAAGGCACAACCAUUCCUAGCCCCCAAAGCAUCUCUUCACCCUCUCCAUGUGCAUUUUUUAACCAAAUGAAGUAGACAAGAAAGGUACAGGCUAGGGCGUCAGAAGCCCUAGCUAGUAGAAUCACUGUAUAGCUAGAGCUGUUGAUAUAUAUGUUUGUGUAUAUAUAUCAAACCAAAUUCUGAUAGAAGAUAGCUUUACAGCUGAGGAGGAAGUGGAGCCCUGGUCAGAGCCAGCCUAGCACGCGCGUCCCUGCACCCUCUCUCUGGGCCUUGGAGCUGGGACCCGGGAUGGCCUCCGUGCGUUCAGUCCCCAGCACCAAGUGCACUGAUGAGGACAAGGGGCAGCCACUCAGGACUGGAAUUUUCCACCCUGUUUGGCUUUGACCACACAUAUUGAGCUGCAGCCUGAUAGUCUAUCACAUUUCCAAAAAUGAUAUCCAUUAGGAUGGAAAGAGAACGGAUCUGUAGAAAUGUUUACCUCCAGCUGCCUACAAAUUCAGGACACUCUGGAUAGACAGGCACAUGUCCAGAAAGCCAGUGGGAAAGAGGAGGCCUGGUGACACCUGGGCCCAGCCCUAGGCACACGGCUCCCUCCCCAGGUCACCUCUCCCAGACCUUUCUCUACCGGGUCAUCUUAGCCCAGUCUCAGAACCCAUGAAGCCCUGGUCCGUUGUGUUUCUCACUGUACGGUUUCUGUAUUAAAAAGUGUUAAUCCAUGUUAAUCUGUGUGAAAAUUAUUGCGUGCAACAGUAUUUUCUUGUGUACCUCUCUUCCCUCUGUGAAUUGUCCCUCUUUUCUUUUUUAUUUAUAAAUGUCUACUUUUUUAAAAGACAAACCAAUGUGUUGUAGACUUCUAUGUAACUAUUCCUUAGUCUCAUAUUAUAGGUAUGUUAUAAGAAUGGAUAUUUUACUUGGCUUUAGAAUGUUUUACAAGAAAACUAAUUCUUAACUGAUCAAGUCCUUGCUACUAAAAUGCUUGUGUUUUUUCAUCAUGAUGUUGUGUGCUUCUAAAUUAAUAAUCAUUUUCGUUGUAGAAAAAUGGAGUGAAUUUAUAUUAGUCUUGGAAACUAAUAAUAGCAAUGUAAAUUUAUGAGAUGAUUUUAACAGAAAAAAAUUAUAGAAGAAUAUAGUUAUUUUAAUUGUAAUAUUACUAACUGUAGGGUGAGACAGGGGGUCCCGUUGUGGUGAACUAUGUUAUAGCUUGUUACAGUUUCUUUUGAUCAUUUUUUCGGUCUCUGAGGUGAAAUGAGUUAUUAAUUAAAAUUUGUAAACUCACAUAUGCAUAUUGUAUAUGUGUAGCAAUGUAAUCACACUUUGUCUUGGAAUUACAUUAAACUGUUUGGAAUCACUGUA